AUAAAGUACAAUGGAUGCAGUAGUGAUUAAGUGUGUAUUAAUUACGAUACAAUUUCUGCAAGUGUACGGACAUGGAAGACUAAUGGACCCGCCGUCCAGAAACUCCAUGUGGAGGUACGGAUUCCCGAAUCCAGUAAAUUACAAUGAUAAUGAACUUUACUGUGGUGGCUAUUCUGUUCAUUGGAAUCAGAAUAAAGGAAAGUGCGGAAUUUGUGGCGACAGUUAUGAUAAAAAAGAGCCGCGGCCUCACGAAGCCGGUGGGACUUAUGCUAAUGGUAUAAUAACCCGUCGAUAUAUAUCUGGCCAAGAGAUAAAUAUUGAAGUAGAAUUGACGACAAACCAUUACGGACGAUUCGAAAUAAACCUCUGUCCAAACAACGAUCCCUACAAAGAAGUAACGCAGGAAUGUCUCGACAAAUAUCCACUGAGGGUCGUUGGCCAGGAUGACCAUAGGUACGUAUGCAUGUGAGCGAAUAAACAAUAUCAAAAAGGAUUUUUAUGACAAUUCGUACAGUUCUAUAAUAAGAUGGAAAUAGCAUCUCAGACUGAAUUUCUAAUAAUAAUAAUAAUAAGAAAAUACUGGAAUUACCAAUAGGUUUUCCAUUCGAACAGAAGACCACUAUUACUUUCUUUGUUUCUCCAUAAACAGUUUCACCUUGCGACAGUUUCAAUUGUUGACAACAUCAUCAUC